AUGAUUAGCCUUUAUCUAUCCAUUACUCUCCUUUCAAUGGUAUUUGGCCACUUGAAAUGCGGCGUAGAUGAAAGCUGACAGCCAAUAAUUAACAACUACACCCAUCCAGGACGUGAGCUUCUGGCUGGGAUGUCUCGAAGCACAACCCUCAAGCCAAUUAUAAUGCCUGUAUUAUUUUGCUUUUAAUUGCUUAUUCAUCAUAUUCAAGCAAAAUAAGUAAUAAGAUCUCUUUAUCAUAGAAUUUUAAAUGAGAGUAAAAAUUCUAAGGCAGAGUAGAAUUCAUUUUGAGUACACCAGCCUAGGCAUGACCGCAACCCAACAAAGCCAAUUUGUUGACAAAGUGGUCCCAGCUGCAAAACAUUGGUUUUCAUCAGUCCUAAGUGUGUAUUCUUUGACUGAAACCAUCGUCGUCCCAUCAAGUGUGACAAGUUGCAAUGGAGCUACUAUCCCUUCAUCGCACCACACAACUGGGGUCUCCGAUGCUGACUUUAUUGUCUAUGUCUUUGGAAGCACCGCAGCAUCUGGGUAUCUUGCUAGAGCAGGAGCUUGUCUCCAAGAAUCAGGAGGUCGCUAUAAUGUACUUGCAGGCUCUUACGAAAUUAACAUGAAUGACUUCUUCAAAUGGCCUGUGAGUGACCAAAUUGUCGUGACCCUUCACGAGCUUACCCAUGCUCUAGCCUUUUCAUCUUGGCUUUUCAGCAGCUACGUAAAACCUGAUGGCACCCACUACGCUACAACAGAAAUAACUAAAACAGUUAAUUAUCCUAACAGAGGCAAAGAGGCUCCAUGUCAAAUGACCUUGAUUUUUUGACAGUGCACAUUUUAUCGAAACCCAUUUGGUCGAAAAUUUUUGAUAGUGCGACAUUUGUCCGAAAAUUAACGGUUUUUUGGUCAAAUGCCUCACUUUAAAAAAUUUUCGAUCAAUUUUUCGGUGAAAUGGACUCUAUCAAAAAGGCAAUGUCAUUUGGCCUGCACCCAGACAAAGAUGCUACUAUUCUUAUCUUGCCAACUGUCGCAGCCCAAGCCCAAACCAUUUUUGGUUGUUCCACUGCAGAAGGAGUAGAACUUGAAGACUAUGGAGGGUCUGGCUCUGCAGGCUCCCAUUGGGAAAUGAAGAUUGUUAAAGAAGACUAUAUGGUUUCCGUACUUCCUUGGAACCCAGUUACUUCUGGACUUACACUCGCCUUAUUCCAAGACUCAGGCUGGUACACAGUAAAUUGGAACUAUGCACAGCCACUUAUAUGGGGACUCAACCAAGGCUGUGCGUGGCUUACAGACAAAUGCAUUACUACAGGAAUUCCUCAACAAGGAAUGUGCACGGAUAAAGCAUAUGUAGGCUGCGACGUUUAUAAUAUGGCAAAAGCUUAUUGUGACAUAAGCAACUGGAGCGCUGUACAAUCACAAUAUCAAUAUUUCUCAGACCCAACACUUGCAGGAGGCAGUGGGUUCCCUGACUUUUGCCCAGUGCUAACUGGGUAUUCUAAUGGAGAUUGCAGAGAUACAGCUACUACUGCUUAUGAUUAUUUUGGAGAAACGACAGGCUCAGGAAGCAGAUGCAUGACAUCAACGUUACUAAAGACAGCUUAUAUAUUUGAUGGAGAUCUUCAUUCAGUCUGCCACAAGGUAAAAAGCUGUGAAAGUGACAAGGCAGUCUUAGAAGUUGGAGGAGUCACAGUAAAUUGUCCAUUUACUGGAGGUGAUGUGACUGUGACUGGGUUUAAUGGCGUCCUUAAAUGUCCAAACUCUAAUAUAUUGUGUAGCGCUAUGCCUUGCAAGAGUGCUUGCUAUGGGCAAGGGAUUUGUAAAGCUGGAGUUUGUCUUUGUGAUCCUGGAUAUGGAGCAAGCGACUGCAGCGUUACCUGCCCUGACAACUGUAAAGCUUGUGAUUCUGCUACAACCUGCAAGACUUGUUAUUCAACUGCCACUUUAGUUAAUGGGGUAUGCACAUGUCCUACAGGCAGCACAUGGGACAGCACUCAAAAAAUUUGUCAAGCCGGUAGCAUAGUUGGCUGUGAUGCCAGCUGCAAAGGAUGUGCGACAACAACUACUUGUGCUGACUGCUAUUCAACAGCUACCUUGACUGAUGGUGUCUGUACAUGUCCUGAAACUUAUGGAUUUAACUAUGAAACUCAUACUUGCGUGAUGUUUUCAUGCCCAACAGAUUGCAAUGGCUGUAGCUCAUCAGCUGGCUGUACAUCUUGUUAUGAUGGACAAUCAUUAAUUAAUGGACAAUGUCUCUGUCCUACAGGAACAGGCUGGAGCAAAAGCUCAAAAAAAUGUGAGUCUUCUGUUAUCACAGGAUGCCCAGCUAUCUGUGAUGGCUGUGCAAGUACUACAACCUGUUCAGCUUGUCAUUCUACAGCUACUUUAACUGUUGACAAUAUAUGUGUUUGUCCUGAUGGCGCUGUAUUCCAAGCAGGCACUAAAACUUGUGUAUUUACCAGUUGUCCUGUUUCUUGUAAUGGCUGUGCAUCCGCUAGUACUUGUUCAGCUUGCUAUUCAACAGCUACUCUUACUGAUGGACAAUGUGAAUGCCCAACUGACACAAGUUUCGAUGCUAGUACAUUGUCAUGCAAAUCUACAGCUAUCACUGGGUGUGACAAUUUAUGUAAUGAAUGUGCGUCUACUACAGUUUGCAAGACUUGCCAUUCUAAUGCAAUUUUGACUAAUGAUGGGAAAUGUAUAUGCCCUAGCGGCAGUGCUUUUGAUAUUGCUACUAAGUCGUGCAUUACUGGAUGCACAGCUGGAUGCAGAACGUGCUCAGGGAUCAGUGACUAUAAGUGCUUAAGCUGCUAUACAGGGUAUUAUUUACUUUCAGCGACCUGUGUAAAAGCAUGCCCAACAGGGUAUAAUGUUACAACGACAGGCUGCGUUCUAGCGAACCCUAGCGUCUAUAAAGCUGUUUUCCAGCAAUGGAAUAACACUUAUUAUAGCUCUGAUUCUCCUAUUCCUCUUUUCUUUGGUACCACUUCGUCAUUCAUGCCAAACCCAGAUACAGAUGAUCCUAUCCUCACCUAUGGUAGAGGUCUUUAUUAUACUGGAAUAUCCAAAUCUCUUCUGCCUCCAAACUUCAAAUAUUCAAGCCGAGUUUCUCUUGCCCCAUCCCAUACUGUCGAAAUGUGGAUACGGCCUGAUGAUUCUUCAAGCUAUCAAACUUUGCUUCAUAAAUACGCAGACGAGUCUUUAGUCGAAUUUUCUAUUGUAAACACAAGGCUUAGGCUUAUUCUUACCGCUUACAAUACAUCGUCUGUAGCUUGGGUAUCAACAAUGACUGAUGGUACCACAAUAAACAGCAAACAAUGGCAAUGGGUUACAUAUACACUUACUUAUGACCAGAAUUCACAAAAUUCUAUAAUAAUCUUAUAUGUAAACUCAGCCAAAGAAAAUAAAGUAUAUAGCGGCUUGAUUUUCCUUGACCUAGACACUGCUUUAUAUGCAGAAAGUUUUUCAGUUGGAUCUAAAUACUCAACUUCUGGGUAUACAUCAGGGUAUAAAGGCUUCAUUGCGAUGCUUAAUAUAUAUAACCAAGCUUAUACUCCGUCUUAUAGUGGGAACACAUGCAUAGGAAACUUCUGUUUGGCUGAUUGUGAUUUCUAUCAAUAUGCUGAUACCACAGGAAGCUGUCAAUCGUGUUUAACAGCCUGCUCUUUAUCAUGCUGCCAAGCUAAUAGCUGUGUUUUAAACGUUGAUCCUAAAUGCACAUCUCCUAUAAGCUUCACAAUCUGUGCAGCUUGUGUGAGUGGAGCCAAUUUAGAAGGAGGAAAAUGCAAUUGUAUGAAAAAUUCUUAUUUUGAUACCACAACUUUGACGUGUGUUUGCAAUAGCGGCUAUACUUUGACUAAUGGAUAUUGUGCUACAUGUGGGAAUUAUUUUGCCAGCACUGAAGCCAAGGCUUAUUUCUCUGAGGACUAUAAAAAAGUAGUCAUAAAUUUCGCGAGAUUUGUAAAAAGUGGCAUUACGAGUACUUGUUCAGAGCUUUUCUAUCAAAGCAGCUUACUCUCCCCCCAUCCUUGAUCGAACGGCUCGCCAUCGUUCGAUCAAGGAUGGGGGCUAAAAAAAAAUUUUUUUGGGAAAAAACAAUUUUAUAUAUAAAAUAAAAUAUAUAUAUAUACAUAGUAUUUAAUAAUUAUUUUUACAGCAAAAAAUUGAAUUAAUUUCAUAAAAAUACCAUUUUUAAGAUUUUGAUUUAUUAGUUACCUCUUUAAAUUGUAUAAAAUUUUAAUUUGUUCCUUAUUGAAAUAAAAAUUUGUUUUUUAAAUUUUAAAGAAUCUCUAUUUUUUAGAUUAUUGAUUUUUUAAGCUUGAUUAAUGACUAAAUCUCUUCGGAUGGUUGAUUCCGUAGCUUUUUGUCGUCUCAAAGUCUCUGAAAACAACUUCAUAGGUGCAUCUUCCCAAGCUUUUGAUAAACUAAUAUAUUUUUAUAUAUAUAAAAAAUUUGCAUGAUAUGAAAAUCGUUCGAUCGAGGAUGGGGGUCAAUUUCCCCAAUUUUUAGGAAUUUUUACAGUCAAUCGUUCGAUCAAGGAUGGGGGGAGUUAGUGAAGCUAGGAAAAGACCCAACUUGUGUAUGGCAGAGUAAUACAGAGCUGCAAGUCUAUUUGGGUAAUAAAUGGAAUCUGACUAAUGAAGCAUUAGCAUUAAACCCACUUACAGUCCAGGCUGAGGGCACUGAGUGCACCUUAAAUGUCCAAGAUUUAAAGCCUGUAGUCCAAUAUAUUUAUGUUAAGCCGACACCGACAGCUGUUAUUACAGCUCCAAAUACAUAUUCUUUUGGAUGCAACAAAAAUGACUUAAAAAUAUCAGGAGACAGCUCUAUAGGCUCAAAUCUUCAAUAUGCCUGGUCCCUGAAUUCUAGCCCAUCAAAUACAGCUUUAACCAAAUAUGUUUCUUCUAUAACAGACCAAAAAUUCAAAAUUCCUGCCACAAUGCUGACAGUUUCUGUUAUUACUUUAUCACUGACAGUAACAAAUCAAUUAAGCCAAGCCAAUACUGCGAAGUUUACAAUUACUAUAAAAAAUGAAUAUGCACUUGAAGUGACGAUUGAUGGAGGAAGCAGCUCAAGUAUUAGUGCGAGCCAAGGAAUCCAAUAUAAAGCUUUAGUAAACACUAUUUGUGGAAAUUCUACUUCAUUGAAUAUUCAAUGAAAAUAUGUUUCGUCAUCCUUAUCUAAUUCGGACAUUAUGGUCGCAGGAUGGCUUUUGGAGCAACAGGAUGAACUCGAAACUUCGGCCAAAAAUAAAAAAUCGGCUGCCACGGGGUCACAGGUGGCAGAAUUCUGGGGAGGGGUGAGUCUGGGCUAAAUGGGCAUCCCCUCGGCUAUAGACAAAAAAAACGGAGGCGCAACACCAAUCGAGCACUUCUGGAAAAGCAUUAUGGUGCCUGUAAAUGACAGAGGUUAUUCCAGAAGGAGGCAUAGAACGAUUUCCUCAUACCCUGAGCACUGCCAGGGGUCAAGAGAGUCCUUUACUGAAGUUUUUUGUCAAAGCAGGUUUGGGUGAGUCUCCCCGAAAGAUGUCGACGUCGAGAGAAAAGGGUGCUAGGCGGCUUUAGUGCUUAGCGCCACACAAGCGUGAAGCUUAAGCUCGACUGGAUCAGGGGCUGAAAUAAACACCGCUUUAACCUUCUCUAACUAAAGUCUCUCUCUCAUCCUUACCUCAUUUAGGCAAAAAUCCUAUUUUUAAAUCAGUAUUUUGGUUAGAUUUUUUUUUCUUCAAUUCAAUAAUAUUAUUAUUAAAUUGCAAUAUAUUCUGAAAGAUUUGUGGGGAGAAUUGAAGAAAAUAUGGAAAAAAAAAUUCAUAGAAAUAGAUAACGAGAUUAAAACGUUUAUUUAUGCGAUAAUGAAAGCGAGAAAUGCUUGCUUAAAUUUUGGGAAUUUCUUUUAAAUAAUAAUAAUUUAUGAAUUAUCGCGCAUUUGCGCCUUAUUUCUUUUAUUUUUCAUGAUAAAAUUUCACAGAAUUCUGCAGCAUCAACUUUGUUUACUUGGUCCUUGUUCGUUUUCAUAAAUUUGUUUUAUUUCUCAAAAAUAACCUCUAAAUGAGCAAGCAAAACUUUUGCUUAAUCAUGACAGAGAAGUUAGAUACAGCAACCUCUGCAUUUGACUCUUCUUCAAUUUUAUCUAACAGCAAGCUCAGCUACAUUCUAAAAAUCAAAGAAAACCAGCUAAAAGCAGGAAACUGGUUUGUUUAUAACGCAACAGCGACUGACGGAUUCGCAAAUGGCUGGAGCACUCUGAACAUUACAGUCAAACAUUCAGAUUUAGUACUCAAGCUAAACCGAGCUGAUGGGACUGUAUCUAAUGAUACAGAUCUCUAUAUCAGCGCUUCUGAUUCUUAUGACCCUGAUGAUUCAACCACUUCUUUAAGCUAUAGCUGAACUUGUGUCCAAAAUAAUGCCCAAUGCUUAGACUCCUCCGGGUCAAAUCUACUAGGAGACGAGGUAAAAUCAACCCUAACUGUUCCAAAAUCCAAGCUUAAAGUAGGCUCCGAAUAUACAUUUACUAUAGCGAUAUCAAAAGAUACAAGAACCGCAAGCAAGUCUAUUACAAUAAAAAUAACUCAGCCUACAGGCAGCUCUUUAUCAAUCUCUUUUUCGCCUUUUAAGGUAAACCACCAGUAUGGGCUUAAAAUCAUUGCUAUAGUUUCCACCCUAAAGCAGCCUGGAUUCUUAUGGGCUCAGUCCUCUGGACCGACUCUAUCUUCACUUUCUGAGCUGACUAAAAGCUUCAUUAAAUUUGCUGCCAAUUCAAUGCAAGAAGGAACCUCCUACAGCUACAGCUUGACAAUGACUUUUUCAACCACUUUAAGUUUAGUUGCAUCAAUUCCUUGGAUUACUAAUAAAGGACCAAUUUGUGACGGUAUUGAUGUGUCCCAGAAUACAGACUUGACUUAUACAUUGUCUGGGCUAAACUGUGUAGAUGGGGAUGACCAAGACUAUCCUUUGUAUUACCAAUUUGGGGUGGUUAUGAAUAAAGUCCAAUACUACUUAAAUACUCCAUGUACAGGGUCAACGUUUACUUUAGGGAUACCUAGUGGUACCUGGCAGCUGACUAUGAGGGUAUGUGACAGUAUGUGGACUUGUUCUAGCUUCUCCAAAAGUAUCACAGCUACUUCUAGAAGGCUGCUUUCAGAAGUGGCAUUAGCAGACCAAUAUAGAGCUUCUAUUCUAAACCCAGAUAUGAUACCUUCUUCUAUUAUUAUGUACUCUACAUAUACCUUAGACAACCCUACUCUAAGUUAUAUGUUUACUGACCUGAGCAGCUUUAUUACUUCUCAAGACCCAAUUGACGAAGGAAUCCUUGAUACCUGCAUAGCUUGUCUUUCUUCUAUGACAAGCCAAAGCUCCGUGAUGACCCCAGACUUCCUAACCCAAACCUUCCAAAUUUUGAACGAAACCUUGAAGGGCUAUACAGAUGAGAUCACUGAUUCUCAGGCCCAGUCUAUAAUUGACAUUAUUUCUCCUUAUUACAAAAAUAUCACUGAUAUAAGCCUUUUGCUAAACUUAUUCCAAUAUAUAGCUAAUAGCUGGAUGAGUAGCACAUUGCCAGGGGACGCCAAAGAGUACUCAAAUGGGAUUCAUUUUUCUAAUACUAGAAAAAGUGGGGAAGAUUUCUUGAAUACUACUUAUAAAGCAGGAACCCAGGUAACUACAAUUCUGCCGAACGCUACAUUUACGAAUGGGACUGUUUAUGAUUUUAGCAUAACAGUAUAUCCAAAUGCUGGAAAUUAUUCAGAUAUCAUUGAUAUUUCUACUUAUAAGUCUGGAAGCUACCAAAACUAUAACUUAGACAUUGUAACACCUACUAGUGAGCCUUUGUCGAGCAGCUCAAGUAUGAUUACUAUUAAUGCAAGCUUCACCCAAAACCCUGGGGAAGACUGGGAUUGCUAUAUGCUUAAUAAUGGGAAUUGGGAGACCGGGAAGUGCUCUAUUAUUUCAAUCGUAAAUAAUGUAGCCACUAUAAGUGCCAAAUCGACAGGAUCCAUACAGCUAGCUAAAUCAGCUAAGAUUAUUCAGCCAGUUAUCCGAGAAGACUCAGAUUCAGCAGGAACAGAAGGUGCCCCUUCUAUUGCUAUGGGCUCAAUAGUCUUUUUAGCGGCUCGUUUGGCUUUUGAGAGAUACGGGACGUCCAUAAAAUGAAGAAUCAAUAUUUAAUUAAAAGAAAAGAGUUAGUAUCUCUUAUAAAUAAGAAAACAUCAUGUCCUUCAGGUAACUCAUAAUAAGGAGCAAAAAAACCAUUUAAAUUUGACUGUAAAAAUUUUUUUUUAUAUCACAAAAAUAGAAGAUUCUAGAUCUCCACAAAAAUGGAAACAGUUGAGUCCUUAAAUAAAAAAGACCUAGUAACUAACUCCCCCCCCCCCCUCCGUGAGCGAACAAAAAAAAAUUUUGUUCGCUUACGGAGGGGGGUUAAUUUUUUUUUUAAAAAAAAAUUUAUAUAUAAAUUUUAUAAAAAAUAUUUUUUUCGAAAUUUAAAAAAAUCCUAAUUUGCAAAAAUUGGGAAGCAAAUAUUAAUUUAAUUUGCAAAAUUUUAUGUUUUAAAACGCAAUUUGUUUAAAAUUAAACAGAAUUAGCUCUAGAUUUCAUUAUACUAAUUAUCACUUAUAUAUCAAAAAUUUUUUUCCAUUAAAAUUUUUUCUAUUAAAAAAAUUUUUGUUCACUCACGGAGGGUGGGUUUUUGGUCAAAAAAUGGCGAUUUUUCUAAUGGUUUUGUUCGCUCACGGAGGGGGGGGGGGGGGAGUAAGCAAAAUAGACGAUACCAGCAAUUCAUCAAUGCAACCUAACGGUCUAGAUAAUUUGCGAGAGUCUAAUGAAAAUAAAAAAAAUUCGAUAAACGCUUGCUUCAAUAAAAAACGGAAUUGCUAUGUUUAUAAGUCAAAAUUCAGCCAGUUAAAUAAAAAACGAAAUCCGUCUCUUUUUCUCAAGAGAUAACGGUUUAUUAGGUGCUGCAAAAACCUGCUUAAAAAGACCGUUAUAUUCGCGCAAAAAUUAAUAUAAUUUCUGCACCGAUUUGCGUUGCAACACACAUUAAUAUAGUGAAACGAUGCUUUAUUUUGAGCCUUAUUUAUAUUAGAUUUUAUGUCUUAUAUAAGAGAAUUUAAUAUUAUCUAAUAUUUCGAAACUAUCAGCUUAUGAAAAUGUGAAAUCGUUUGCUCAGUGAAAAAAACAUUAAAAGGGCUCCUUAAAAUAGAAAUUUAUUUUUUUAAGAAAAAUAAAUUAAAAUUUUGUUAUUAAAUACUUUAGAGCAAGCUUUGCUUAUUUAUUGCGCUUUUUUUACAAAUAGUAACAAUAUUUAACUCCCCCCCCCCCCCCUCCGUGAGCGAACAAAAAAAUUUUGUUCGCUCACGGAGGGGGGUUAAUUUUUUUUUUUAAAAAAAUUUUUAUAUAUAAAUUUAUAAAAAAAUAUUUUUUUCGAAAUUUAAAAAAAUCCUAAUUUGCAAAAAUUGGGAAGCAAAUAUUAAUUUAAUUUGCAAAAAUUUAUGUUUUAAAACGCAAUUUGUUUAAAAUUAAACAGAAUUAGCUCUAGAUUUCAUUAUACUAAUUAUCACUUAUAUAUCAAAAUUUUUUUCCAUUAAAAUUUUUUUCUAUUAAAAAAAUUUUUGUUCACUCACGGAGGGUGGGUUUUUGGUCAAAAAAUGGCGAUUUUUCUAAUGGUUUUGUUCGCUCACGGAGGGGGGGGGGAGUAAGGUAAAUCAUACUUAUUUCAGUUCUAAGUGUGCCUCUUUCAGUGGCUAUUAAAUAUAUUAAAAUUAUUAAAAAAUAUAUAAAACCGUUUUUCAAGACAUAUUCUUUCAAAAUAUAUCAAAAUGAUGACCAAAAUUUGCAAUAUUUUUUGGGUUAAUUUCCUUAAAAAAGGUUUUUAUAAGUUUUUUAAUAAUUUUAAUAUCUUUAAUAGACACUGAAAGAGGUACACUUAGAACUGAGAUAAGUAAGGUUUUACCUUAAAUAUUGUUAUUAUUUAUACAAAAAAGCGCAAUAAAUAAGCAAAGCUUGCUCUAAAAGUAUCCAAUAAACAAAAUUUUAAUUUAUUUUUCUCUAAAAAAAUAAAUUUCUUUUUUAAGGAGCCCUGUUUAAUGUUUUUUUCACUGAGCAAACGAUUUCACAUUUUCAUAAGCUGAUAGUUUCGAAAUAUUAGAUCAUAUUAACUUCUCUUAUAUAAGACAUAAAAUCUAAUAUAAAUAAGGCUCAAAAUAAAGCAUCGUUUCACUAUAUUAAUGUGUGUUGCAACGCAAAUCGGUGCAGAAAUUAUAUUAAUUUUGCGCGAAUAUAACGGUCUUUUUAAGCAGGUUUUUGCAGCACCUAAUAAACCGUUAUCUCUUGAGAAAAAAGAGAUGAAAUUCGUUUUUUACUGAGAUGACUUAAAUCCAAUUUAGUGACAUGAUGAUUUAUUUUUUUUAUUAAGAGAAGCGUUUAUUGAUUUUUUAAUAUAUUCAGAAUGGAAUUGCAAACAAGGUAUAACGUUAGUUUGCUAUUAUAUGAAACUGUCAGAUCUUAUUUCUAGUACAUAUAAGUUGCUUAUUUAAUAGACUUAACAGUAUCAUAGUUUAUAUAGCCAACAAGCUUUUUUCAUUAAGACACAACAAAAAAAAAUUUUACCGUCAAAAUUAAUGGUUUUUUUGCUCCUUAUUAUAAGUUACUUAUAGUACAUAAUGAUAUCUUAUUGAUGUGAAACACUGGCUCUUUUCUUUUAAUUACAUAUUUGGUUUCUUAUAUUGUAUACAGCCCGUAUCUCUCAAAAGCCAAACGAGCCCUUUUUAGCGAUUUUAUUGUCAGGAGUUUUCAUAGUUUUUGACCGAAAAAAUAUCAAAGAAAACCUCGACCUUAGUCUGCUUAAAAAUCAUUUGACCUUAAGCUUGCUAAUUCCUCAGAAGUCUUUUACGAGGGUAAUAAAUGUGAUCCAUAUAGCCACUGUGCUUUUAUUAGAACUUGCUAUUGUAGGAGCUAUGUAUGCCAGAGAUAAUCCAACUUCAGGAAAUGAAGGAAGUUUUUCUUAUCAUGCCAGCAAUUACUCAGCUGAAGACUUGAUAAAUAUGGUUGUUGGGCUUCUACUUGGACAAUUUGUGUCAGCACUGCUGCUAGGACUGAGUUUCGGCUUCCAAAGAUCUCCUUUAUUUAAAGCUAUAUUUUUACUGAUAUGUGGGAUUUUAGCUUCAUUAAGUAUUGCUUCAACUAUAGCGAUGACUGUGGAUUAUUCAGCAGAAAUUUCAACUUAUUGGAUUAUAAGCUUUAUUAUUGUCUUGCCAUUUGACUUCUUUGUCUUUCAAGCAAUAUUUGCAGUUAUCAAAUAUUUCGUCACAAGAGAGAAGAUGCCUUUGGAGACCCCAGAUGGCUUUGUUACUGAUUCCCAAAUUAUGAAAUGUGCUCCUGCGCUAGAUGUAAGUGAUCUAUUCGAGAAAGCUCCUAUUCAUAAUUAA